ACAGUUUUCAGGCGGUCUGCUCAAGGAAUUUCACAACCAAUUUUUCAGGUAAUAACAAAUGGAAUUUGUUAGCGAAGUAGGAGAACUCCGGGGUAACCAGGGUAUGGAAGGGGAAGAGAACGUGAUAGCCGUAGAACCCAUUACCAUGAUUGUACCACCGGAACUGCAAGACGUGCCGGAAACCCCUACGCCGGAGAGCAGUGCCAGUUCAGGCGCGCGCGAGGGUUCCGGUGCUAACCCCUCUCUGUCAUCUGAAGGGUCGUCAUUAGAAAACAUUGCCAGUGCAAGUAGCCCCUCGCCGGAAAGUAUGGAAGUGGCCGUAAAUGUGCCUCCAGUUGCAGGUUGGGAAAAUAAAACCAUAGGCGGUAGGUUGAGCAACGUUCGCAAAGCGCCAAAUACGCUGACGGCCGGAUUUCGUUUUAGGGUGAACCUGCAUCAUGAGGUAGCAGAUUGCCCUACCUCCAUUAAAGGGUAUAAGAGACUGGAGGAAAUGUGUGUCAGCAACAGGGUGGAUCCAUUAUCCGGGCUGAUUUUUGACAUUCUGUCAGAGUACGAGUUGGCGCUCACACAGUUAACUCCCAACAGCAUAAAAUUUAUCGUAGGGUUUAUGCUGCUGUGUGCAAGGUUAGAGAUACCUGCGAAGGCCAUUGUUUUCAGGGCAUGCGUACAUGAACUACCCCACACUAACCCGGGCGACCUGGAGCUUAGGGAUAGGAUCACUAAUUAUGUGAAAGGAGGGGGGUUAGUUGAUUUGGAAGCCCUGGUUACCCCUGAGCUGCUCGCUAUGCGCGGGUUUGUGGAUAUCACAAACCUAUUUAGUGAAGGAGAGAUGAGCAGCAUGCUUGAGAGACAACGGGAACGAGCUCAGCGCUCUCGAGGCAGGGGAACUGGCUCUAGCGCGAGGAGGCAAACGCGCUUUGACGAGCUGCCGCCUGCAGCACCUCGCAGCUCGUCACAAAGGGAGCAGGGUUCCAGCUCGACCUCGCAGCCACAGGCCGAGCGUAGGGUAGAACCUGCUCCUGCUGAUGUCCGGAGGCGUGCUCGCGAAGAGUCCGAUGCUGAAGAUGACGUACCACUAACUCGGCGCAGGUUGGAUGCUGGGAGACAACCUGGAGUGGUGCACUCACCUGAGGCGCUUGCGGUCCAGGCGCGUAGCACGACUGAGGCGCUUCCACCACCAGUAGCUAGUGGGGGGCCCAGAAUCGCAUACCCUGAGGGUUUUAGCUACACCAAACCCGACUGUCAGCUCACGAUGGUCCAGGGUAUGCAGAAUUUCGUCCCGCCUGUGGACCGUCAUCGUGUCGAAGGCUACAUUCAGCAACACGGGACUCACGCUGCGAUGCUGAAGAUGAUGGAUAAUAGAGAGCUGGCUGACAAUUGCAAGCGGCUGUCCUCAGACAAGGCGAGCUUGGAGGACGAGGUGAACCAUUUGCAAAGCUCAGAGAUGGCCAACAGGGCUGCAUCAGCCGAAAGCCGGGCUGACGAGCUGGCCAACAGGGUCAUCCAGCUGCAAGAGGAGCUAGACAAGGUGAAAGCUGAGAAGGAGAGUGGGAUUCAAGCGGCCAUGGAUGAGGUCGUUCGUGCAGUGGAUCUCAGGAAGAAAGUGGAAGCUGAGAGAGAUGGCGCGCUAAACGACCUCAACGCCCUAAGAGAGCGGGUUGCUGUGGCCGACCAGGAUCUUGCUCGCGCAGAGGAAUCCCUGAGGCAGGCCAAAGCUCAACACCAGCGCUACAUUAGCAUUGUGCGAGCUCAAGGCGCGGAAUGGCUGGUUGGUGCUGAUAUGUUCCAGGACGCCGUAGCUAUGGCAUCCAUGAACACCACGACUGAGAUCUACAAUGACGUUCGUGGUAAGGUGUUGAAGCACCGGCCGGACUUCCCGAUCAACGAGCUCGCGUUUUUUGACGGUGAAGAGUUCGAUGCAGAGGGGAAGAGCCUUACUGAACCUUCUGACACGACGAUGAGGCUCCGCUGGGAGCUAAACGAAGAGGGAUUGCCAACAUGGCCACCGUUUGUCCUCGAAGAAGGAGAGGAGUUUGAGAACCUGCCGAGGUUCGACACCUGGGCUGGUGAUGCUCUUGUAGAAGAAGCUAAACCCUCAAGUACUCCUCCUACGCCUCAGCCCGUCCCUGCUGCCAUCUCCAUCCCAGCUUGUGCUGACGCGUCCGCUCCCGUGGACUUAACGGACGAUUAGACUUAGGCUUGUUGGUAACACAUUUUGUAAUUUCAUGGAUACCUCUUGUAAUGAAUUUGCGAAGAAUAUAAUUGAAAUGUAUUU